AUUUUAUUAAAAGGCUAAACUAUGUGGCAAUUAUUUAUACAAAAUUGAAAAAUACAUUAAUUUCGCACGCAAAAUACAUUUGAACCACCACUGGUGAUAAUAUGACUGUAGUGUUAGGUGGUGGAAUUUCUGGUUUGGCUGCUGGGUAUUAUUUCCUUCAGCGCUUUGGGCAACCACUUGCAAUAUAUGAAUCGUCAACCCGUCUUGGCGGCUGGAUUCGAACAGAACAAAAUGCUGAAAAAGGUUUUAUCUUUGAAGUGGGGCCACGCACAAUACGACCUAAGGGGCAGGCAGGAGCAAAUACUUUGCAAUUAGUAGAAGAUCUUAAGCUAAAUAUUGAAGCACUUCCCUCAACACACGAAGCAGCGCGUAAUCGAAUGAUAUAUGCCAAUGGACAGCUUUGUUUAUUACCAAAUAGUUUAGGGGGACUGUUUAAAAGACUUCCUCCAUUUAAAAAACCUUUAGCUACUGCCUUUUUUAAAGACUUAUUUGCCAAAUCUAAAAAAGUUAAAUAUGGUGAUGAAUCAAUAUAUGAGUUUGCUGAGCGCCGGUUUGGCACGGAUGUAGCAACAUACGGUAUUAGUCCAAUGAUUUGUGGUAUUUGUGCUGGCGAUGCUAAAGAGAUAAGCGUUCGGUUCUUAAUGGACGAUCUUUUUGAAAAAGAGCAGAAAUAUGGUGGGGUCGUGUUCGGAUUAUUCGUUUCAAAAUUAAUUCAAAGUCUAAAAGGCGAAAAUAGAACGCCUACUAUUAAAACUGUACCAUACUUAUAUGAACAAUCACUGCGUGAAAAAUGGAGCAUGUAUAGGCUAGAAAAUGGCUUGGAAACAUUGCCCCAAAAACUUACAGAAUAUUUAAAGAGCAAAAAUACUAAUAUUCAAACAUCUGCAGAAUGCAAUGAACUUGUUUUUGAUAAUGACAACGUUAAAAUGAAUAUCAAGGGCCAGGAAAUAAAUUCUAAGCAUGUGAUAUGUGCAAUGCCCAGUUACAAGUUGGCAGAUUGUGUAAAAGAUCAACACCCAUCGUUGUCGGCGCAAUUACUCUUAAUACCUUAUGUAGAUGUUGCUGUUGUUAAUCUGAUGUAUAAUGCAAAUGAUUUAUUAAAACAGAAAGCAUUUGGCUUUUUAGUUCCUCCAGUGGAAAAAUUACCAAUUCUCGGUGUUAUAUUUGACAGCUGCUGUUUUGAUAUGCAUGGGAAUACUGUACUAACAGUUAUGAUGGGUGGUAAAUGGUUUGAACAAAAUUUUGGUCAAAAUCCAACUCCAAAAGAAUUGCUUGAUGUAGCACUUAAAUAUGUUGACCAAAUAUUGCACAUAAAUCAAGAGCCAAAAUUGAAUAGAGUUCAUGUUCUAAGAAAGUGUAUACCGCAAUACACUGUAGGACACAAGCAAAGAAUUAUAAACAUACGCAGCUACAUUGAUCAUUACAAAUUGCCAUUAUCUUUAUGUGGGGCCGCGUAUGAUGGAGUUGGCAUAAAUGAUGUAAUAUUUUCUGCACGAAAACAAAUAUUAGAAUUGCGCAAUCAAAACGAAAUAUAAUGUUUAAAGUUUCAA